GGCUUCUAUCAGUGCGGAGUUGGGUAAGCUUUGUUUCUUGUCCUUUCCCCAUGUCAGAUGCUGACCAGGUGAAACAGCCUUCCCGGUGCCAACCCUCUUGGAAGUGUCGGCCCCUACCAGGCCAUCUUUGGCCUCGCUGUCUUCUUCGGUGGUGGCACCCAGUUCGUGGCCGGCAUCAUGGAGUUCCGCGUUGGCAACACCUUUGGUAGCACUCUGCACUGCAGCUACGGCGCCUUCUGGCUCUCGUUCGCCAUGUUCAUAGUCCCCAGCCUGGGCAUCCGCGACGCCUAUGCCGGUGAUGAGCGCGCUUUCACAGUCGCCGUCGGCAUCUUCCUCAUGGCCUGGUGUCUGCUGACGCUCGUCUUCACCAUUGGCGCCCUCAAGACGAAUAUCACCAUCUUGUUUGUUCUUGGAUGCCUCACGUUGGCCUUCUUCUUCCUGGGCUUGGCACAGUUCAUUGCUGUUCCUCACCCUUCGGCCGCCAUCAAGGUCAACCAGACUGGUGGUGCCUUCUCCAUCUUCUGCGCCUUGGCUGCGCUGUACGCGGGUGCGAGUGGCAUCAUGCUGCCAGAGAGUACGUGGGUCAGGUUCCCACUGGGUGAGUUCAACUAUGGCAACCCUUCGCCUGCUGCUGCCGCCGAGAAUGGCUCGAACGGGAAGCAACACGCGUAGAGGCGGGGAAUUGGGAGCAUUCAGAGGUUGGAGACGGUGGAUGUGGUAAUUGCACUGCGAGAUUUUCAAUACCCCUAAGCAACAGA